UUAGGGAAAACUGCAAUUUUAUUAACAGGAAAUGUGGCGUUGCACGGCAGGAGCAUGGCAUGUGCUGAAAGAGGAUUCAAAAUAGCUGCCAGUGGGUCAUGUGUCCAAUAGAUUGCAUGUAUAGUGGUUAGUAUAGGGAGUGCAUGCUCGUAAGGGGGUGUAUAAUAAUGUCUGGGAUGCCUCACAUUCCACAAGGUCAAAUAUUCAAUGUUGCUUCUAGGCAACAUCAUACCAUAGUGGGUUAAAAAGGUGCAAUUGGUAAAAUUAGCAUUAUUAAUACUCAUUAAUGUAUUGAUUUAAUUAUUUUUCAAGUGUACACAAAUUUCUGCAAUUUUUAAAAGUACUCUAAAUUAAAAUCUGAAUUAAAACUUUAAGCCUAAGCCUGAGAUGUGUGUACACCCCUGUCCAUCCCUGCACUACCUCAGCAUGACUGAAAACAGCUCUACCCCUUUAAGAAGGUGCUUUAAUAAACAAUGAACGUCUCCCAUUGACAGCAUGACAUCACCGCUGUAUUUUCUGGAGGCUGAAGCGCACUGAGAGAAAUGGUGAGGCCAUAUUUGAGCCUGGCCGCGGGCUCUGCAGCUCCCAGCCCCUGAUCCGGGGCGGUUUUGUGGAUUUUCUCGCUGGUGUGAACACGCUGCUUGGCCGAGCAUCCCUGUCUGUGUGUGUGUGAGUGUGUGUGUUAUUUUCAGUGGCGUGUGGAGGAAGGAGACUGUGGCUAAUUCAGGCUUUGCGUGCUGAGCUCCAGCUCUACGCUAUGGCCACCAACUCCAACACCACCACCACCACCACCACCACAGCAGCAGCAGCAUCAGCAUCAGCAGCGGGAGCAGUGUCAGCAGUCGCGGAGCUCAGGGAAGGCAGCGGGAAAACGGCCUGAGAGCGCCGGACAGAGCGCUGACAGAGCCCGGGGAGCGGCACGGGCUGAACCUCGGACGCCUCCGUGUCUCGAUUCCUCUACGCCAGCCAGCUGCACCGGACAGGGAUACGGACGGGAGCACCUACGAGCUGGGAUAGCUACUAUAGGCAUCUUCUCUCUCUCUCUCGCUCUCUCUCUCUGUUUUUUUCUCACACGGUCCACAGUCAUCCAUCCCUCCAUCCUCCCUCCUUCCUCCUCAGCCUCUCCUCCGUCCGCCGGCGUUCAUUUAUUUAUCGCCCCCCUCUCUCAGAGAACCCCCCUCUGUCUCCCACCCCCCUGGGCCAUCGAUGCUACGCUCUCGCGAGGGGUGAUGUAAGCUGAGCGCGCACAGAGACGCGCCUGUGUGUGUGUGUGUGCUCUCCUGCUCGCCCGCCCGCACCCAGGAGCCUCCGUCCAUCCGAGCUGCUGCUGCCGCUUGCUUGCUGCCUGUGCGCGCGCGUACGUAGGCUGCUUACUUACUUGCGUGCGUGAGUGCGCGCGUACCGUACAUCACUCGUUGGUUCGUGUGUAAUAAGCUUUCUAUCCGUGUGCGCGAGGAGCAGCAAGAGGAAGAGCACGAGCACGAGGAGGAGGAGGAGCGGGAGGAGGAAGGUGUAGGAUGGCUGCCGGGAAGCUGCUGCUCUACGCCGGCCUCUCGCUGUCCCUGUGCGCGCUGGGCAUGCUGGCCGUGGCCGUGUGCUCCGACCACUGGUACGAGACGGACGCGCGCCGGUACCGCGAGCGCUGUCGCAGCUUCGCGAGCCGCCGCAAGGACCCGGGCUUCAUCUACAUCCCCAACAUUAGCCUGCCGCUGCGCGCGUCCUCCUCCUCCGCCACCGCUGGCGGACGCGCGCGCCUCGACCGCUGGGAGGAGAAGCUGCUGCUCGCGCGCAACCGGCGCCAGCUGUUCGCAAUGAGCGCGGCGGAUGAGUGUAGCCGGCAGUACAACUCCACCAACAUGGGCCUGUGGAACAAGUGCCACCGCCUCGGCUUCGACCAGGACAUCGAGGACCUCAUUCGGAAAGGUGCCAUUGCAAGAUGCUCCUAUAUCAAGUAUCACUAUUCUUCAGCCACGAUACCCAAGAACCUGUCCUACAACAUCACCAAGACCAUCCGGCAAGAUGAGUGGCACUCAUUGCACCUGCGGAGGAUGACUGCCGGCUUCAUGGGCAUGGCCGUGGCCAUCAUCCUGUUCGGCUGGAUCAUCGGCAUGCUCGGCUGCUGCUGGGACCGUGGCCUCAUGCAAUACGUGGCAGGCCUGCUCUUCCUUAUGGGCGGAACAUUCUGCAUCAUUUCUCUGUGCACCUGCGUGGCGGGGAUCAAUUUCGAGCUGUCUCGUUACCCCCGCUACCUGUACGGGCUCCCGGACGACAUCAGCCAUGGUUACGGCUGGUCCAUGUUCUGCGCCUGGGGCGGACUGGGCCUGUCGCUCAUCGCCGGCUUCUUCUGCACGCUGGCGCCCUCCGUCCAGCCGCUGCCUCGAUCCACGUGCCCCAAGUCUCGGCAAGAGAACGGCACGGUGUGUUAAGCCGGGGCCAGCCGGGGCCCCGCGUCUACCACAAAAUCCACCAUGUGGACGUAUAACACAGUACACGUCGUACAAGGAACAUACACAUAGUAAGACUACACAACUGAUGACCCCAAAUCAUGCGUUCAUUCCGAGUCAUUUCUAACCUCACCGACCACAAGGCCACAGACGCCAUCUUUGUGUGAAUUUGCAAAUGAGUGUCUUGAUCGUUCAAAGAAAAAUAGAUGAAAAUUAAACAUUAAAAAAACGCACCACCGUAAGCCGGUGCGUUGGUGGACUUUUAGGGGGAUGCCAGAGUGGAGAUAUUGAAGCAGGAAAAAAAAUCCACUUUGAAGAUUAAAGCCUUUGCCUGCGAGAACUUUGAAGAGGGACAGCAUGAAAUGGCAGCAGAGACUUUCAGUACAUCAGUGUGUGAAAAUACAGCAGCAGGGGGCUCAACAGAUGCGCAAGAGAUGUUCCUAGAUGUUUUGUCCUCGUCUCCAUGUUGCUAAAUUGGUGCUCUGAGACUGGAAAACGCCACCUCCCAGCACUUCUGUGGAUCUCUUCUGUCUUUUUCUUGUCAAUUUGAGAGAAACACCAGGUAUGACCACUGAAUGGAGGAGGAAGUGCCAAUUAUGUCAGGAGUUGGUGAUGAACAGAAUGCAGGCAACAGAAGACACCUUCAGAAGCAGUGGAUCUAUGAAUGCAGGGACACGUAGAAAUGACUUACUGUCUAAAGGUCAACGUUGGACACUGGAGAGACUACCACAAGGCCUUUAGGUUGCAGGCAAGAGAUCAGUACUGUGUGCACAAGAUUCUGAGACAAGAUAGACAUUUUUCUGAUGGAAGAACAUUUCGAGGAACGGAGUGCGUGUCUGCUGGUGCCAGUAUCUCUUAAACGCUGUAUAGCAAAUUGUAAAUAAUAUUCCAGAUUAAAAAAAAACAAACAACAGAACUAUACAGAUCAGAACCAUGAGAACAGAUUUUGCAGCAUUUUAUUUUCCCGGCAGGGAACUUCCAUUCUUCCAUCUUCAAAUGGGAUCAAACAUUUUUAACAUGGUGGUCUAACUUUUGUUUGUCUCCUUUUUAUUUUCUAAAAAUUGACACGUAUCAUGAAUGUGUGUAUGUGUGAGUGUGUGUGUGUGUAUCUGUCCUUCAUAUUGCUCUCAUACUGUAGAUAAAUGUGUGGGAGGAUGGGAUUUUCUGGCCUCUAUAGUAAUAGUAGAAGAAGAGGAAGAAGAAGAAGAAGAAGAGGAGAGGAAAAACAAUACUGUCACAUGAAAUAACACAAACUCCAAACCUGCCUUGAGGGGGAACAAUAGGUAGGUUCUUUGAAGAACAGAAAAGGACCGAAAAGGAAAGAUGCCAUAUCCUGUUUAAAAGAACUAAAGCGCUGAGUCCCUGCGAGUCACUCCUCUAGACAGCGCUUGCAGAGAUGGAAAGAAGCCCCGGCGUCACGGCGCCGCUGCCUUAAGCUCGUCUGUGAGGUGGCACUUAUUCCAUUUGAUAGGAACACACGCUGACUCUCUGCUGAGAGCGUUUGCAAUAGAUUUUCUCAUUUGAAGCUCGCUUCCUGCGCAGUAAUUGUGAAGCCCCAUUCUAACACGAUCCCUGACAAGACAGUGGCACUGGCUAGAGGUGCACAAUUUAUCAGCGGCUGAUAUAUUGUUCAAUAAAUUGAGGAGAAAUGAAAUUAACUUUGGCCUCUUUUCCACUGCAGGGACACUGCGAUACAGGCCGCACUGUACCGUUUGAGCUGGUUUAGACCUGUUAUGGUUACAUUUCUUUUGCUAAUUUGAUACAAAUUAAUAUCUUCUUCACAGUGUUAGCAUGCAAGUUAGCAUAAAGGGAAAAAAGGAGCAUGCUAACUAACAGAACCUGGUGUUACCAGGCUGGCUAAUGCCUUGUCAAGCUGUAGCAUUAGCAUGCCGGCUAAUGGCCUCUUCCGGCAUCACUACUACAGCAUUAGCACAGCCUAGCUCAUCUAUUGGAAACACUUAUUGAAGUAAAGAGCAUACAUACUGAUCCCAAUCUCCCUAUUGUUUAAAAUACCAUUGACGAUCCAUUGACACUUUCUGUACUGGAACUUAAUGGAACUAAGAAAGCCACCAGACCCUGUGGCACAAGGUGAUGCAGAUGUGCAGCCAAUAAUCCCUCUCACAAAACAGUUUGAGUACGGUUAGCAAACCAUGUCUCUAUUCUCAAAUCUGUUCUUCCCUGCAGUGGAAAAGUUUUAGCCUACAAUUAGAAUUGAAUAUGUAGCACUCUAAUUGUGUAAGUGUUGGUACUUUCCAUUCUUUUGAACUCAUUUGGCAUUUUAGACAGUAUCGUGGGUAACACCACCAGACAAGACAGAAAAUAUAAGAUUUCUGUACUAAUAAGAGUCUUUUGACAAGACUCCCAACAUUAUGUUUUCCUACAAUUGUAAACGCUCCAAAAAAAAUUAAUAUCAUGUGCUAAAUAUGUUCAACUGUUUACAACUAACUUUACAUCACAGCUAUGUAUAACCUACUCAAUAGUAACUGAGUAUUGGCGCCAUCAUCCAACCCAAACUAUGACCGCUUCACUUUCUAAUAUUUGCACUUGCAACAGUGGCAGCCAAGAAAUGGUGGCACCUUUGCGGAAAGCGACCUCGAAACGGAAGAUAAGAGCACCCAUUAAAUAAAGCACAAGCUUAAUGCAAUCUCUGAGCCCUUAACGCUAUUGGGCCUUUUUGAUCCCAGAUCAUGCCUCGCUGCUUACACUGAUCUGAUUACAUUAUUUCUCCCUUGAUCACCGCAGCAUUCCUUUCAUAACCGGAUGCCUCUCAUUAACGUCCACGCUGCUUCACUGCAUUCUGUUGAGAGAGCAUUUGAGGAAUCCAGAGAUAUACAGUAUGGAGUAGCAUUAUUCCAUGAAAGAUACAGAUCUUCUACUAGAAAAUAAUAGCUUUUCAAUCAUCCGUAUUAUCAUAUUUUUUGCUAGGUGUUAAUAUACACAGCUUUCUCUGCUAAAAACUGUUUAUUUGGGUGAGUAAAGUGCUUCCCUCCAGCAAUAAGGCUUCGUGCAGCUUUAGCAUUAGCAUUAGCUGCUAACCGCAGCACUAGCCCAUAGUAAAUGCCACCCAAUAGCGCUAAACUGAGGAACCCUGAGUGUUUCGGUAUCUCAGGGUGCUAUCAGCUAGCGGUUCGUCCCACGUAGUUUUUUUUAACACAGUAAAUAUGUACACUACAGUCCAAUAUACUCUUCUCUGAACAGUGAUUAAAGUUAGCGCUGUGGUUAGCAGCUCAUGCUAAUACUGCUGCACCCAGCCUUAGUGCUGAAGAAACUUAACUAAAAUCUCCUCCUUUUUAAAGCUGUACUUCAGCAGAGUGGCUUUACUGCUUCUUAAUACCUGACUGGUAGAAUCCAGUAGAAAAAGGCGCACCGGAUUAUAGGGCGCACUGUCGAUUUUUGGAAAAAAUUAAAGGAUUUUAAGUGUGUCUUAUAGUGCAAAAAAAUAUGGUAUAUGGCUAUUUGACAAUGACACAUUAUGAGCAUUUCCAAUUUCAAAGACUUUUUGUUUCGGAAUCUGAUUUUCAGAGAAACACCCAGACAGUCCAGAUCUUUUCUCAAGCCCUACACCCUAGACUAUAACACACAAAACAAAACUAAAACAAAAUACAAGCUCUGAGUGGUGCAAGUAAACUAAAUUCUGGCACUAAAAUCCUGGAAUUACUUUUUAGUUUUUGUUCCUGGAUUACCCAUCUCUAGGCUUUCUCUGUUCUGUCACUCUUCCAGUGCUUGUUACCUACACUUCCUGACUUAAUCCUAAACUUUUUUAUUUUAUUUUGCUUUUCCAUCAGGGAAAUUUGGUACCUGGUAUAACUGGAACCGGUGGUUCCAAGUGAGCCGAGUAGGGACUAAAACGUAAAUUGUAAAAAAAAAAUGUCUAGAGCAUUGACUGGUCCGAAACUCCAUUGUUACUGUGACAUUGCUCUGAAGAUGAUUUAGUGAUGACUUGUUUUGUGACAUCACCAGCUACAUUUCAGAGGGAGCUGUAAUAGUGAAAAACAAACCAGGUCCCAUUUACCAAAAAGAGAGUCAUGUCAAGUAGAGUCGAGGACGCUUAAAUUCACGAGAGUAGGUACCACGCAUUGGGAAUGCACCAAGUUUUGUUAUGUUUUUGGCAAUUCAGAAAAAUUAUGUGGCACUAGCCUUUAACUUUCAGUGCUAAAGAGAGGAGAAUCCUAGCUAAUAAAAUUGGUAAUAUAAAUAUUAUUGGUAAUAUUAAAUAUAUAAUAAAAUGUAAUAUAAACCUUGCACAGUAUCAUACAUUUUAAUGAAAUCAGAUUUAUUGAACAUUUUACUGAACUAAAUUUGAAUAUUUUAAUUCUAAUAAAUUUAAAAUCACUGAUGCUCAAAUAUGAGAGAAAUAGCAUUGCUAGUAAGUAUUGCCCAGCUCUACCGGGUUCAGUACUGACGUGGGAGUUGAUUUUGGGAUAAACUCCAAGCCUCUAGUUCCAGCCUCUAACCAUUUGCACUCUGUGGCCUAGAUAUUUAUGGAAGGCCGGGUCGCUUCUUGGGACGCUAGCUGAUAAGGCAAUUGGCCAUGAAAUUACAUUAACUUGAGCUGCAGGUUUUUUCCUAUUUUUUUUUUAAGUCACACUUACCAGAAGCAGGCACUCACUAAAAUCUGCCUUAUCUGACAGAAAAAAAACUCCACAGCCCAGCCCACACGGAGCGUCCCCGACUACUAUAGUCUUACAACACAAAACAUCUGGGUCAUGAGCAAAGUAAAUAAAGAAACAAUCCGCUCUCAGAGGCAUCUUGCAUUAAGCCCAUCUGGCCUUAUAUAAGAUAGUGUUCCUUGACACACUUAAGAAGAAAAAUAUUUAUUUCCGUCCGCACGGAUUACGCAACCAGGCAGCGAUGUAAACGGGGUCAGCGGCUGCCUGAGUACAGUGCGCUGCUUCCUCGCUUACAGGUAAAAUAAGCAGGACAGAGAUCCUGCAGGCCUGUACCAACCCAUCUGCCCAACCUAAUCAGUGCUGAGGUGUUGGACUAAUGUUUUACCAGCACACAACACACUCAUUUCUCAGCACAUCUCAGCUAUCAGGGUGCAUACACUUUUUAACCAAUACAGUUCCAUUACUUUUUCAGGACUUUUCCAUGUCUACAAGGUGAUCUUUAGAACAUCAAAGCAGACCUGGACAAAAAAAAAAGAAAAAACAACUAAAACUAUAAUGACAAACAUUUUUUGAGCAAUGCUGACAUUGUGUAGGGCUAAAUAACUGAACCAACUCUGUGCUGACGUAUUAGCGUAUUAGCUCAAAACAGCUUUUCUCAGUCAAUAAAUGGAAACACACAUUGUAGCACAUUGUGCAAAUUUUCUUGACUUCACCAAAACUGUCUGGGUAUUUUUUUUUUAGUUUUCCAAAAUGUAUCCAGGCCUGGAAAUGGCUAUUUUCAAAUUACAUGACUUGACCAGCACUAAGGCUGAGUGCAGCAGCAUUAGCCGCUAACCACAGCACUAGCCCAUAGUAAACGCCAUCCAAUAGCGCUUAACUGAGGAACCCUGAGUGUUUCGGUAUCUCAGGGCGCUAUCAGCUAGCGGUUCGUCCCACGUAGUUUGUUUUAACACAGUAAACAUGCAGACUACAGUCUGAUACACUUGCCUCGAAAGAUCGUCGAAAGAGCUAGCACUGCAGCUAAUGCUAAUACUGCUGCACCCAGUCUUAGUGCUGGAGAAACUUGACUGAAAACUUAUCCUUAUAACGCUGUACUUUAGCACAGUGGCUUUACUGCUCCCUAAUACCUGACUGGUAGAAUUCGGUAGGAAAAGGCGCGCUGGAUUAUAAGGCAUACUGUCGAUUUUUGGGAAAAUUAAAGGAUUUUAGGUGCGCCUUAAAAUAUUUGGUCAAUUGCUAAAGAUGAUUUAUGAUCAUUUCAAACUUUCAAAACUUAGAUAUGUAGAAAUGGACAAAGGAAAAGAAAACACUAACAAUCAAAAUACACAUAUAAUUAAAGCCAAUAGAAAACUGAAUAGAGGAAUUAGGCUUUUCAUACAGGAGCAUUUCAUAAAUGGAGCAUUUUAUAAAUGAACAUACAAACCCUGAGCUAUUUAUCAUCAAUCACAUCUUUACAGCUGGUUUGUAUGAGGCUUAGACAAACAGGUACACUUUGGCACAGACUGGCACAGGCACUGGCAUCCAAUGCCAAAGGGCACUUUUGAAUUUGAUGUUGGCUGGACUCGAACAACAUCAGUUCCAGACGGAUUUGCUGGACAGGGAUUAAAAUUGCAAUUCCGAAGCUUAACAUAGAUCAGGGCAAGAUUGUGGACAGAGCGGUUCUGGCAAUCUUUUAUCUUAUAUGGCAUCAGCAACCCGAGGCUGACUGUAAUCAAUACAACUCACUGAUUCACACAUUUACUACAGUACCACACUCAAACAACUACAUUACAGGCUUUAUAGAUACACAAACCACACAUUUAGUACUUCAGAUUACAUAUGACAGCUGUCUUCAUCAAGACUGGCGAAGUAAACAACUUAAUAACAAAGUUGCCAUCUCUCCAUCAGAUCUGAGUCAGUGUUUACAUCGAAGCAGCCAAACAUUAGCAUUGUGUCUUUUUUUUGUUUGGUUGUUUGUUUACUGGGAGUAUACUUGAGUAUAAAGGUCUGAAUGAAUGGGACUUUUUCUUCUUCAUAUGUUGUAUAAUAGUAGCAGAAUCACAGAAACUGCAACUUUCAUUUUUAUGGGACAAUUCAAUUUGAAAUGAAGGAUUUAUCGAAUCUUUUCCAUCAGUAACGUGUCUGUUGCGUGAAUAAAAAUAAAAAAUGUACAAAACGUUGACAAAAAAAAAAAGAAAUCUUGGAAAUGUUCAAACUGUGGAAUGUAAAACCAUAAUAAAAUCUCAUUGGUGUGUUUA